AUGUUCCAACGACCAGCCUGUCUACAGGGCCGGCGCUCGAACAAAGAUAUUGAAGAUGACUCGUCUACAUUUCCAAUCCGGCAGUUGUUCGUCUUAGCACUCGUCCGGAUCUGUGAACCGAUUGCUUUUAUGUCAAUUUUCCCAUAUGUAUAUCGCAUGGUCGAAUCAUUCCAUGUGACGGACAACGACCGCCAGAUUGCGAUGUACGCUGGAAUGAUCACAUCCGCAUUCACCUUCGCUGAAUUUUCAGCGGGUAUGUUCUGGGGGCGUAUGAGUGAUCGGAUUGGCCGUAAACCAGUGCUCAUCAUGGGCUUGGUGGGCACGGCCGUCAGCAUGGUAGUCUUCGGAUUUGCGCCCAACCUGGCCACGGCUAUGAUUGCACGCGCGCUAGGCGGCUUAUUAAACGGCAAUAUCGGGGUUCUUCAGACGACGGUUGCGGAGAUCGUCACGAAGAAAGAGCACCAACCGCGAGCUUAUUCGAUCAUGCCGUUUGUCUGGUGUCUCGGAUCGAUUAUUGGACCGGCUAUGGGCGGCGCUUUGUCCCAACCCUGCGACAACUACCCGGUCCUCUUCUCGCGCAACACCCUGUGGGACAAAUUCCCGUUCCUGCUGCCCAACUUGGUUUGCGUCACUGUUCUAAUUUGUGGAAUCGUGGUCGGUUGCCUGUUUUUGGAAGAAACGCACCCCGAGAAGAAGCACCGCCGUGACCGCGGCGUCGAGCUCGGCCAGUGGUUGGUCAACAUAUGUUGGGGUUCGCGCGUGCAGCUUCCUGAUGGUUCCGAUAUGAUUGAGAAGAAAUACUUCGAUGAUGCGCCUGGAUACGGAAGUGUCGAAUCAUCACCUUGCUUGCGCCCCAGUGACGCUUCUCCGGCUGAUUGCGACUUGGAGGGGCAGAAGAGCCGUGCGCCCAAGGCAUUUACCCGAAAAGUCAUCUUGGCUAUUAUUGCCUACGGGAUCCUUGCAUACCACAGCGUAUCAUUUGAUCAGCUGAUGCCUGUUUUCCUGAGCACUCCCAUAUCCGAUGACGCCGUAUCGUUGCCCUUCAAGUUUACCGGCGGUCUCGGAAUGGCCACGAAGACCAUCGGGUUUAUGCUCGCUGUUCAAGGCGUGUACUCGAUGAUUGCCCAACUGUGGUUUUUCCCAUUUGUCGUCAAGAACUUCGGCACUAUUCGCUGCUUCCGCUUCGUCUUACUUGCCUGGCCCCCUCUCUACAUGGCUGUGCCUUACCUCGUUCUCCUUCCGGCCAAGUUUCAAAUGCUUUCUGUCUAUGUGUCCCUCAUCAGCAAGAUUACCUUCCACGUCAUCGCUUUCCCAUCCAUCAACAUCCUUCUCGCAAAUUACGCCCCAUCCACCAAAGUGCUGGGCCGCAUUAACGGCGCUGCCGCCUCAACCGCUAGUCUUAGCCGUGCCUUUGGUCCCACCAUCACUGGUAUGCUCCACUCUCAGGGUCUCGAGAGUGGCUUUUCCGUGCUCGCCUGGUGGGCAUGCGGCCUUGUCUGCUUCAUCGGCGCCAUCCAAAGUUUCUGGCUGGAGGAGGAGUCAUCCGAGCCAGAGCGUUUCAAGACCAAUCAGCCUGAGUUCGAGGAAGAACAGCGACUGCUUUCUUUGCGCUCUAGUCUCGACACUGAUUUCGACCCCUCGCUACUCGACCUGAAGGCUCUCGACGAAGUCACACACGAUACCAAGGUUUAA